UCCAAACCAUACGCUCUGGAAAGCAAACUACAAAAAUUCAUCUCUAAAGAGAGUCCGCCCCUGUUGUCCUGUUCACCACAUCCCCGGCCGAAAAGAGGACCUGCUUUAACGAGUUUGCGAUAUCGUUGCAGUCGCUGGACAUCUGACUAAAGCACGAAGAGCGAAAACCAAGACGGUUCUUAGUGAAUUUCGACGUGUCAACAGCAGUCAACAGGUCGACGAUGCGUCGACGAAAUCUCGCGCUUUGCUAUUGCACGCUUCUAUUCAUCGUUUCCUCCUCCGAGCCGUUAAAACAUGAACCCCGUGGAAACCUGAUGCAAGACGUGAUCGAAGACAGAAGCAACUUAACGUUCGAGCUUCUUGGAAAGUUCUAUAAAGAUGAUAAUAAGACCAACGUCGUUCCGUACGAGAUGUGCGAGAACAGUACCUGCAUUCCGCUCUGCUGCCCCCUCGGCGUUCGCACGAUCAAGGAUCAAUGCGUUGCUGAGAACGUUGGGCGUUAUCCCUUUCCGGGUGUGUACAAGCAGGCGACGAACGAGUCGCUUGAGAGAGGACCGAUCGGCAAGGUGGACCAAAUCUUUCAGCUGACCGUCCACGAUCCGUGCCAAAAAGUCGGAUACUAUUUGCUUAAACCUGACGAGGAACCAGAUGACGCGUUUAUGUUUCUCCUCAAUGGCUCUCUGUAUCUACCGCGUAUCAAAGACUUUGUCGAUGCCAAUUUAUACUGCCUCAUCGUCUCGCAACGGGAUAAGUACGAGACAGCUGUUUGCAUUAAUUCCCUAAAAUCGGCCCUCCAGGAAAUAUAUAAUGUGGGUGAGAUAAUAUCUAUGCUGUUUCUACUGGCGACAUUCGUGGUGUAUUCCACACUACCGGAGCUUCAGAACAUGCACGGCUACACUCUGCGUGGAUACGUCGGCUCGUUGUUCAUCGCGAAAGCGUUCGACACAAUACUGACACCAGAUACACCAAUAUGGGAAACCGCCUCCGGCGCCUCCUGCAAAAUAAUGGCAUUCUACAUCGUUUGGUUCUGGGUUAUGGCAAGCUUCUUCUGGUUAAACGUGAUGUGCUUUGACAUUUGGUGGGCAUUCGGAGAAUUCCGUUCGUUACAAGGAAGCGUGAAGCAAGAGAUGCGUGAAGCACGAGAGAGAAAAAAAUUCGUUAUGUAUUCGAUUUACGCGUGGGGAAGCGCUUCCAUUCUCACCGUUAUUGGUGUCAUCAUGGAUUUCGUUCCCAAAUUGAUCCAACCGGAGUUUGGUAAAACGAAGUGUUUUUUCGAUAGUAAGUGAACGUUUACUAAUAGCUUAUG